GAUUAAAGAUGGCGAGUUCCCUUCGGAACACGGAGUCCAGCGAUCCAGCCGCACACUGAGAUUCGCAAAACCCACAACACCGUGUUGAGACCCGGUUCUCUUUGACUUGUUUUCGCUUUCAGCUGGAAAUAAAGCGAAAUUUGGGUUCGCAGCAUCCGAACUGACACCAAAUCCCGCGGAUAUGAUCCCGAACUGAAUUCGAACCGAACUGUUGUUUGAUUGUAUUGCAUGGAGCCCGGUUGAAGGAGUCUGUCCGUCCCGGUGUCGCAGUGAUUUUGGGUCGGAAUCAUAGCGGAUCGCUAUGUAUUUUCUAAGCGGUUGGCCAAAGAGGGUUCUCUGCCCUCUCCGGAGCGGCGAGCGGCCCUUCCUGAUCGAGCCCAGCACGCAACGCUUCUACCUGGCCCUGCUUUCUGAGACCCAGAUCAGCAUCUGGUUCAGCAGGCCCAGCGUGCUGAUCGUCAGUUACAUUGAGUCGGGGAAAGCCGCUGCACAGUUUGGCUUUUAUCAACAGGCCGAAUGGAAGCCAGACGACUCUAUGAUCGCUGUGGCGGCAGCGAAUGGUUACGUUUUGCUAUUCGACAUCAUUGAAGGGUCCGAUGAUAAACACCUGUACGAGCCCGUCUAUCCAAAGGGUAGUGUUCGUGUGAAGGUGUCUCAGGGUUAUAAAGAGGAACAGUGCGCUCCAGCUCUCACACUAGAGAUGAAGAAACCUGUUGACCUGGAGGCUCCUAUCAGCUGUUUGCAGACGCUGCAGGAGGAUCUGUUAGUGGCGACCGCAGAUGGUUAUCUGCACAUGCUACACUGGGACGGUGUCAGUAAUGGUCAAAGAGCCAUUAAUCUGUGUACGAUCCCCUUCUCUCUGGACCUGCAGUCAUCACGAGGAGGGCCGUGUUUAGAUCUGGAGGGUGUUCACAUUCGGGAUAUGGAAUAUUGUGCGACGCUGGAUGGAUUCGCUGUCGUAUUUGACGACGGGCGACUUGGAUUUAUCACGCCAACCGCUAACAGACUCGCCACAGACCAGUUGCAGGGCGUGUGGGCUGCCGAUGUUUCCGAUGGCACUUGUGUCGCUGUAAACAACAAAUACAGACUGAUGGCUUUCGGCUGUGCAAGUGGUUCUGUGUUGGUGUACAUGAUUGACAGCUCUACAGGAUCCAUGCAGCUGUCUCAUAAACUGGAGUUAACCCCUAAACACUACCCAGAUAUCUGGAAUAAAACGGGACCGGUGAAGAUGAUCCGCUGGUCUCCAGACUGCAGUGUUGCCAUGGUAACGUGGGACUGUGGUGGUCUGUCUCUGUGGAGUGUGUUUGGAGCACAUCUCAUCUGCACAUUAGGAGAGGACUUUGCUUAUCGAUCAGACGGCACUAAGAAAGACCCUCUGAAGAUCAUCUCUAUGAAUUGGGGUGUAGAGGGUUAUCAUCUGUGGGUGAUUGACAGUACGGAUACGGCUGCUGUUGUUCUGGAUGGAGAGGAAGACGAUUCAAAACUCCAGCAAUCGGGAAUUCUGCAGUUUCACUUCAUCAAGAGCGCGCUGACCGUCAACCCCUGCACAAGUAAUCAGGAGCAGGUGUUGCUGCAUGGAGAGGACCGGCUGUAUUUGACCUGUGGUGACCCCACUCAGGCUCACAGUGUGUUUGAUAAGAGCUCGUCGCGGGACAGCAGCAGUCCUCUGCACCGGCCGCCAACACCCGCUCUGCUCUCUCAGGGUCUCAGCACUUUACUCGGCCAUAAACACUGGCAGGUGGUCCAGAUUCACAGCACAUAUCUCGAGACGAACUGGCCGAUCAAGUUUGCGGCGAUAGACUGGUCUGGUCAGUGUGUUGCUGUCGCCGGUCGACGGGGAUUUGCACAUUAUUCAUUAUAUUCCAGGAAAUGGAAACUGUUUGGAAACGUCACCCAGGAGCAGAAUAUGACUGUAACGGGAGGUCUCACUUGGUGGAACGACUUCAUCGUUGUUGCCUGUUACAAUUUCAUCGACCGACAGGAAGAGAUGAGGUUCUAUGUGCGCUCGUCUAAUCUGGAUAACGCGUUUGCGAGCGUCACUAAACUUCACGCUGAUACGCUGCUGCUGAACGUGUUUCGUAACGUGGUGAUUCUGUUCAGAGCGGACUGCUCCAUCUGUCUGUACAGCAUCGAGAGGAAACAGGACGGCCCGAACCCGUCCGCCAGUGUGGAGUUGUUACAGGAAGUGUCGAUGUCUCGCUAUAUUCCUCACCCUGGUCUGGUCGUAUCUGUGACCCUCACAUCAGUACGAACAGAGACCGGGAUCACACUCAAAGCCCCACAGCAGGCCUGUUCAGCGGAGAGUAUCUUGUUAAAUUUGGCUGGUCAGCUGAUAAUGCUGCAGCGAGAUCGUUCCGGUCCACAGGUACGAGAGAAAGACGCACCAGCCAAUCAGAACAAACUGCUGCCGUUCUGUCCGCCGGUGGUUUUGGCUCAGUGUGUGGAAAACGUUUGGACGACAUGUCGCAGUAACCGAAAGAAGCGUCACCUGAUGGAGGCGCUGUGGCUGUCGUGCGGAGAGGCGGGAAUGAAGGUGUGGCUUCCUCUGUUCCCACGAGACCACCGCAAAACUCACUCCUUCCUGUCUCGACGAAUCAUGCUCCCGUUUCACAUCAACAUCUACCCGCUCACCGUUUUGUUCGAAGACGCGCUCAUCCUGGGCGCCUCCAACGAAACGAUGCUCUUCGACGGGCUCAGCGCUCAGAGUUCCUCCUCAGAGCCGCUGGAAUCUCAAUUCCCAUUCUGCACGGUGGAGCGGACGUCGCAAAUCUACCUCCACCACAUUCUCCGACAGCUGCUGAUGCGAAACUUGGGUGAGCAGGCGCUGAUGUUAGCACAAUCCUGCGCGUCUCUGCCGUAUUUCCCUCACGUUCUAGAGCUCAUGGUGCAUGUGGUUUUGGAGGAAGAAGCCACAUCGAGAGAGCCCAUCCCUGAUCCGCUGCUGCCCACCGUAGCCAAGUUUGUGACGGAGUUCCCCCUCUUCCUGCAAACCAUCGUCCACUGCGCUCGAAAGACGGAAUACGCACUCUGGAAUUAUCUGUUUGCCGCGGUGGGAAACCCCAAAGAUCUGUUUGAAGAGUGUUUGAUGGCACAGGAUCUGGACACGGCAGCAUCGUACCUGAUUAUUCUCCAGUCGCAGUCAGCUGACAGUUUGCUGAACAGUGACAUGGACACCACGCCCCCUCAGGCAACCACAGCCAAUCACAGCUGGCUUGACGGAUUGGGGGCGGUGCCAAGGGAGCUGGAUUUCGACUCCUCUCAUGGAGGACCACGAACACAAGAGGCUUUUCUGUCUCCUCUUAUUAACAAAGGAGAGGAGUGCAGUAUUGGUUCGGCCACUGACCUGACUGAAACCAGCUCCAUGGUGGAUGGUGAUUGGACGAUGGUAGAUGAGAAUUUCUCCACCCUCAGUCUCAGCCAAUCAGAGCUUGAGCACAUCUCCAUGGAGCUGGCCAAUAAAGGACCGCAUAAGUCUCAGGUGCAACUGCGCUAUCUCCUGCAUGUGUUCAUGGAGGCGGGUUGUUUGGAGUGGUGUGUGGUCAUCGGUCUGAUCUUGCGAGACGCCAGCGUCAUUAAGCAGGUGGUGGGGUUCUUGGACAGUCCAGAAGUUCCCCCUGAAACUGUGCAGAGCAUCAGAGAGGGUCUGAUCGCUGUCGACCUCUGGGCAUCAGCUGAUUGUCUGGGCUACAAGCCGUUCUUGAAUCUGAUUCGUCCUCAGCUGCUGAAGUUGACGGAGGUUCCCGUCGAGCAGGUCCAGCCUGAAGCGUUCCAGCCGACGGGCGCGUCAAAACUGACUGAACCGCCGCUGCUGCCCAGAGCCGAAGACCCACGCGGGGCCGUUGUGUCAGGUCACCCGCUGCCACUAGAGGGCUCACCUGGAGCGAACGCUCGACCGCUGGAGGACAUGCCUGAGGAGGAAGAGGAGGAGGAGGAGACGACGCUAGAGGAGGGAUCAUACGACUGCACGCUGUCAUGACCUCAGCAUGAUGGGAAAAGAGAGGCGGCACUAAUCUCCUGUGAUCUGAGACCAGUUGAAUGCAAGAUGCUUUUAAAGAGAAAUGAUGGAAAACUGCGCUCGGAUCAGAUGAAACCAGUUUGACAAACGAGUGUGUGAUAUGUAUCCCAGAAUGCAUUUGUGCUGUUCUUUGUUACAUUUGUGUGACUGUUUUAAGCACAUGUGUGUGUGCGUGCUGUCUUUUUAUUGCCCUCCAUCCCGACUGCAGUGUUGCGUGUGUUUUCAACAUCCUGUGAUCUAAUUCAUCAUGUUUUUUGUCUCUUUUUUCCUCCACAUGAGAAUUAGAUGUGGCCCGAGAGCAAUUUGAGCGUUCACCCUUUAUUAUAGCGUCAAAUGGCAAAAAGACAUUUGCAUUAAAUAAUGCUUUUAAUAGUGUCUGUAUGAUGGAGUGACGGAGGUUAAACAGGACUGCAGAUAUCAGUGCAAACCAGAUGAAGUAUUGAUCAUCGAAUUUCGGUUCUUUUUUAAUUAAGGCUACAAGUUUUAAUGUUAAUUGUGAAAUAUCUUUGUCAUUGUGGCCACCAGAGGAGCCUUUUCUUUGGCACAGGACAGCGAUUACAAAACCAACAAGAUAUCGGUCACGCUUUGUUCCUCAAACGUGUGAUGUGUGUCGAGUUUAAAGUUGAUGUGUGCAGCUCUCUCUGAAUCAUGAAUAUUCUCUUUCAGCUGCGUGAAUAGUUUUGUUUUGGUUUGAAACUGACAACAUUUGUAUUGGUUUUUUUAUCGUUUCAGAAGCGUUUUAGUCUGAUUUUGGGGUUUGAAUCAUCAGUCAGAAUCUUAACACUAGAUUCAGUACAAGUUGAGCUCAAUCGGCAGCAUUUGUGUCAAUGUUGAUGACCACAAAAAUACAUUUCGACUCGUUCCUCUUUAAAUCUGUUCCAGUGAGACACUUACAAUGGAAGUUAAUGGGGUUUAAUCUGUAAACAUUAAAAUUCUAACCGUUUCAAAAUUAUAGGCGCAAGACAUUCAAUUCAACAUUCCAUUAAGCGCCAUCGAUUUCCAUUGAGCCCCAUCGACUUCCAUUGAGCCCCAUCGACUUCCAUUGAGCCCCAUCGAUUUCCAUUAAGCGCCAUCGAUUUCCAUUGAGCCCCAUCGACUUCCAUUAAGCGCCAUCGAUUUCCAUUGAGCCCCAUCGACUUCCAUUGAGCCCCAUCGAUUUCCAUUGAUCCCAAUCGACUUCCAUUGAGCACCAUCGAUUUCCAUUGAGCCCCAUCGACUUCCAUUGAGCCCCAUCGACUUCCAUUGAGCCCCAUCGAUUUCCAUUGAUCCCAAUCGACUUCCAUUGAGCCCCAUCGAUUUCCAUUGAUCCCCAUCGACUUCCAUUGAGCCCCAUCGAUUUCCAUUGAGCCCCAUCGAUUUCCAUUGAUCCCCAUCGACUUCCAUUGAGCCCCAUCGACUUCCAUUGAGCCCCAUCGAUUUCCAUUGAGCCCCAUCGACUUCCAUUAUAAGUGUCUCACUGGAACACAGAUAUCUGCUAUUUUUAAAGAGGAGGAGGGACGAUAGUAAAUACAUUUUUGUAGUAAUCAACAUUAUGCCACAAAUGCUGUCGAUUGAGCUCAACUUGUAUUGAACCCAGAAUAUUAUUUAAAGUACUUAGCUAUGGACGUGUUUUGAUGGCAGAUUUACAGCAGUUUAACGUACAUGAGGGAUAGACGUACUAUCGUUUUUUUUUUUAAAUAAGUCUUUACAAAACAUCUUCAGCGAAAAUGGAAAACGUUAAAAUUUGUUUUUAUUUGCAUAAAAGUAAAUAUGGCAUCUAUAAGGUCAGCGAUAUGCCUGUAAAUGUGAAAGGCGUGAUCGCACACUAAAAGCGCUUUUCGGCAACAUAGUUUUGCAUAAUCAUCAAACCCAACACAUGGCCGGUCUAAUGGGGAGCUAAGUGGGCAUUGCUCACCUAGAUUUUCCUGAACAUAUAAGUUCCCUACUAAAGAUUGCAUCCUAGUACCGGCUCUGACCCAAUGGAUUUUGCAUUAUUACAGUUGAAUUCAGAAGUUUACAUACACUUAGGUUGAAGUCAUUAAAACUUUUUUUUUCUGCUUUUCUUUUUAACCAUUUAAAAAUAUCAGCAAACUAGUCAUUUAGGACAUGUACUUUGUGCAUGACAAGUCAUUUUUACAGACCGAUUGUGUCACUUUUAAUUGACUAUUAUCACAAUUCCAGUGGGUCAGAAGUUUACAUACACUAAGUUAACUGUGUCUUUAAGCAGCUUGGAAAAUUACUGAAAAUGAUGUCAAGCCUUUAGCCAAUUAGCUUCUGAUAAGAGUUGAACUGAAUUGGAGGUGUACCUGUGGAUGUAUUUUAAGGUCUACCUUCAUACUCGGUGUCUCUUUGCUUGACAUCAUGUGAAAAUCAAAAGAAAUCAACCAAGACCUCCGAAAAAAAAUUGUUGGCCUUCACAAGUCUGGUUCAUCCUUGGGAGCAAUUUCCAAACCCCUGAAGGUGCCACGGUCAUCUGUACAAACAAUAGUACACAAGUAUAAACACCAUGUGACCACACAGUCAUCACACCGCUCAGGAAGGAGACGCAUUCUGUCUCCUAGAGAUGAACAUAGUUUGGUGUGAAAAGUGCAAAUCAAUGCCAGAACAACAGCAAAGGACCUUGUGAAGAUGCUGGAGGAAACAGGUGGACGAGUAUCUAGAUCCACAGCAAAACCAGUCCUAUAUGGACAUCACCUGAAAGGCUCAGCAAGGAAGAAGCCGCUGCUCCAAAACCACCAUAAACAAGCCAGACUACAGUUUGCAAGUGCACAUGGGGACAAAGAUCUGACUUUUGGAGAAAUGUCCUCUGGUCUGAUGAAACACUAUUGAACUGUUUGGCCAUAAUGACCAUCGGUAUGUUUGGAGGGAAAAGGGUGAAGAACAGCAUCCCAACUGUGAAGCAUGGGGGUGCAGCAUCAUGUUGUGGGGGUGUUUGCUGCAGGAGGGACUGGUGCACUUCACUAAAUAGAUGACAUCAUGAGGAAGGAACAUUUUGUGGAUGUAUUGAAACAACAUCUCAAGACAUCAGACAGGAAGUUAAAGCUCGUUCACAUGUGCAAGCAAGGAGUCCUACAAACCUGACUCAGUUACACCAGUUCUGUCUGGAGGACUGAUUGUGGAAAGAGCCCCAAAACAUUUGACCCAAAUUAAACAAUUUAAAUCAAUGCUACCAAAUACUAACAGUGUAUGUAAUCUUCUGACCCACUGGGAAUGUGAUGACAGAAAUAGAAACUGAAAUAAAACUAUUAUUCUGACAUUUCACAUUCUUAAAAUAAAGUCGUGAUCCAAACUGACCUCAGACAGGGAAGGUUUUCUACCAUUAAAUGUCAGUUUAAAUGUAUUUGGCUGAAGUGUUUGUAAAUUUCUGACUUCAACUGUAUUUGUUAACAUCGUUUUUUUUCAUCCAACAUAAUGUUUACUUAUAAGCGUCAAUUUUGCUGUACGUAAUUGUAAAUAUGCGUUUUUGUCUUGUCUGACAGCAUUAUUGCAAUUUAUCUUUUUUCAGAUUGCGUUGUUGCAAUUUGUCUUAUUUACGCGAGGAGCGGUUGGACAAAGAAAUGACCGUGCAUGCCGAUAGUUUUUAUUUAGAUAGUAAAGUUUAAAGAACUGCAGGGACGAUGAUUUCUUCUCUUAUUUGUAUUAUCUCACAACGGCACCGCUGCUCAGAAUCAGUAUUAUUAAAAUAAUUAGCCAGUGUUUCCUCUGAGAUGAGCAGAUCUUUAAUUAAAGGUGCUGUUAGCAAUUGUUGUUUCAUGGUAAGGUAUGCAAAAUAUGUUCCUACUACCUGAAAGAUAUGAAUGUCAGUGUCGUGAGAUAUCUCACCGGUCUCUAUGACAUCAGACAACGCUUUUGACCUGUCAAUCAUUUUGCAUGCGCUCGUAUUGUAGUUGCAGCGAAGUAUUGAGGCUUAAUGUCAUUUUUAUGCCAUGUUGUUCAUAACAAUUGCCAUUUGAGGGCGCUGUUUUGCUGCUGUUGAUUUAAACAACCGUUUCUGCACUAUGUUGAUCUCGGAGCUCAUUUGUUAUCUGUGGAGGGUGGGGUUUUGGAAAGAGGGGGCGUGGCUAAUUAAACAGCUCAUUCUCGUGCAAGUUGAACAGCUAAAAUCGCUUACAACAACUUUAACACCAGUCUCAUUAGCGCUGCCUUUUAUUGGAACUUUAAGAGCAGAACGGACCAAAUGAUGUGAGGGGUUAGGGGUGCAAUAAUGCACAAGCUUAAGCCCAUUCAAUUCACAGCGUCCACCAUCCUAUUAUCCCACGUCGCCUUUCGCAGGAGCAUGACAAUUCAGCGGGACACGCUUAUAUAAAUGGUACGCAACAGCAAAAACCGUCCAUCUAACCCCACGGUACUUUAAUGCUCCCUUGAACAUAAUAAACAUAUGGAAUGCCUUUGUAUAAUUAUUAUAUUAUUGAUAUUAUUCUGCAUUAUUUACUGUCAGAGUAUUAGCGAGAUGCAUCUUUCUUUUUAACGUUUUAUUUUCCCCAAACAGUUCUUUCUCCGGUCACAUUUAGAUCAAAAUCUGUUCCUGCUCUUGAGUUUGAUGUUAUGAGGAACACGUCGGUGCGGUGAAAUUGUGAUGGUGUUAUUCACAAACCAAAGAGCUGCAUGACAUUUAAGUGUGUGUGUGUGUGU